UAAUUUUCCUCCUUUUUCCUUCUAAACUAAGUCUAAAAGCCAUGAUCAACACAAAAGACUUAUUCCUUUACCCCUUGUGCACCAUUUUGAAAAAUGGAGUUCUUCCAAAGAACAAAGGUCUUUCGGCUAAAAACCAGCAACCAGAGCAAGUACCUGAUAGCCGAUCAAGAUGAAGAUACAGUCAAGCAAACUCGCGACAGCUCCUCAAAAUACACACGUUGGUCAUUCGAGCCUGUUGAGGGAAAGACUAAUGUCAUCCGCAUCAGGAGCUGCAACAGCUGGAAAUACUUAGCCGCGUCUGAAGAGCCUUUCCUGCUUGGAAUGACAGGAAAGCGUGUUGCACAAAGACCUUGGCUCGGUGCCACAGUCGAAUGGGAACCAAUCAAAGAAGGGCCUUACAUCAAACUCAGAAGUCAUACCGGAACUUUCUUAAGGUCAAACAAAGGACUUCCCCCUUGGAGGAACACCAUUACACAUGAUCUGCCUGGUCAUUGGACUGCAUCUGAGAACAUGAUCCUGUGGAUUGUUGAUAUCCUCGAAAUCGAUCAUAAGUCAACUAAUGGUGAUUCAAAAUCCUUUAAGGGAAAUGCUGUUCCUUCUCGGUUAAGUAAUGCAGUGGAUCAUAAAUCUUUUUCAAGCUGCUCUACUUUGUCAAUUGAGGAUGAUGGCCCUUCUACGAAUCCGGCUGCUUCAUUAGAGCAUUCGAUCUCCUUCAGCAACUUAAGGUCUAUGUUAGAUGGCCUAGACGAUAAAGUUUAUGUUGUAACAGAACGAACAACAUCAGAUACAGAACGCGUUCUCAAAUCAGAAAUUCAUAUGGCUAAACAAUCUCUCAAAGAGCUGAUGGACAUGGACUAUCAUGGCAUCUUAUCUUUAGGACUAUACAAAGAGCUAGAAAAGGGGGUAGGUAUACUUGCUGCUGAUAAUAAAACAUCGCGACAAGAAACUAUACAAGAGCAACUUAAGACCAUGAAAAAUGACCAUGACUUGGCCACUCAGGAUCUAGUAGAGUAUGCUACAUUUGACAGUAAAAUAUUGGAGAUCAAGGCCGAGGUUGAUAAGGAUGUGGCCAAGGCUUGUGUGUUAGAGGCCACUCUUGACAAAUGGUUCAGCGACGAGUAUGUAAAUCCAAGAGCUAACAAAGAGGAGUUGUUGAUGGAAUUACAAGAAACAGAAAGCAGCAUCAAGGCUGUGGAAUUGCUCAGAUCACGAAUAGCGAAGAAAAAUGAGAGACUAGAGGAGAUGGAAGCAAAGGAGGAAUCAUGGCAAGCAAGGAAAGUUGAUGCUGAAAGAAAAUUAGAAAGAGUUGAGAAAGAAUGGGUUAAGAUUAAGAGCUUGUUUAAAAAUGUUCAAUUAAUUUAGGCACUACUUACUUGCUUUAAUGAUUAAUUAAUUACAAUUUGAAAAC